ACCUGUAAAUUAGAGGUGCACCGAUUGACCGGCAAGAGAUCGGAAUCGGCCGGUUUUUCGUAUGAUCGGCCCGACCGGUGACCGGCCGGUCAGUCUCACGUCUCGCCGAUUCCAAGCCGAUCUUCUGUUUCCCGUGAUGUGGGCAAGAACGUCACAGUCGUCAGUACACUCAAAGCCGCAAGUAAACAUGUAAACGUGCGCGCGCACAGUCUGUCUUUCACGGCUCGUUUAUACUCGCAUGUGUGUCUCUGCUGACUGACGCGCAUCUCUCAUAUCCGCUGACUGCACGCGCGUGCACACGCAUCAUGUACUGUACAGACAAAAAGGUGCACUGUAGUUCAUCUCUCACUGCUCCGUCUACACGGGGUAUGUGUGCUAACAGUGAUGCUAUUAGCAUCAUGCUAAACUCAUGUUGAAGUCGUUCACUCUGUGUAAAACAAACGUAAAUUCCAUUCAACCUGAUUCCUUGUCUUACGUUAAAACUGUGGUCAUUUCACCUAGGUAAAAUGACAUUCAACACGACUUCUACUUGUUUUUAAAAAUCCAAAAUAUAAAAAAAUGAAUAAAUCAACCAAUAUAUGUGAUAUAUAUCUGAUUGAGUUCUUUACUAACACAAAAAAAUGCAAAUACAUAUACAUCUUAAGAGUAGAAUUCACUCAUAAGAUUUGUAACUUUUUUAUUGAAGUUGCAGCAAAAAUCAACCCACUUCUUUUAAUACUACAGACACAAGAUAAAGACUAUUUAUUUUACAUUUCAGAAAAAAUGAAAUAAAGCAAUGUUAGUUUCAUAAACAGAAACAGACAAGAAUAAAGUUGAAGUAUUUUAUUGUUAUCUUAGACUUUUGUGAGAUGAGUACAAAAAUGAAAAAGGUAAAUUAAGUGACAUGUUAAGUUAUAUUUUAUUAUUUGUACUUCUUUUCAGUCACAGAGUUCUUCAAUUUAAGAGUUGUUUGGGAAAGAGAAGAUUCUGUAAUUUAAUGCAGCUUGGAGAACUGCAUUUAUGGAAAUUUGGGGAAAUUGUAAUGUUCAAUCAUUUAUUCAAUGAAAAUAAAAAAAAUGUGUAUUGAAGAAAAGUUAACAUAGUAUACUGUCAAUUAUAGUUUGUGGAUAGAAAAUCGGAAUCGGCAAAAAUCGGAAUCGGCAGGUUUCACUUGUAAUAAAAUCGGAAUCGGCAAAGAAAAUUGCAAUCGGUGCAUCUCUACUGUAAAUGCUUCAGUCAACAUUUACUAAAUUUUGAAGUUAAUGUUGACUGAGCUGUCAGUUUCUAAUAUUCUGCUAAACAUCCCCUUUUGUGUUUUACGGAAGAAAGAAAUUCAUACAGCUUUAGAACAACACUGAUUUUUUGGGUGAACGGUCUCUUUAAAUAGUGGCAUCCACUGUGUUUGGUCACUGCAGAACCUUUCCCAUGAACUUCUUAUUACUUCUUAUUACUCACAGCCCUCCUCCCACUUGCUUCCUGACUGUGUCUAAUUGAAAUAGGCUGAACCAGAGGUCAGCAAAUUUCCUCUAAUGCAGAGCGCAAGCAAAACGGUGCCAUGGAAAGAACAUUCCAACACAAAACGGGAAUCCAGUAGUCUUUGAAUGACUCUAUCUGACUCAAAGAAAUCGGGAAUGUUGCAACAUCACUAUCACAGCAGGACUACCCUGAGUUAUCUCCAUGCUGAUUAACUUUAUAGCUUUCACGUCCAGCUUUAUAAAUGUAAAGGUAAAUCUGAGAAUGGCUAAAUGCAUGCCAUGUUCAGGUGUUGAAUAGAGAUAAAGGCUUCUGGUGCCUUAUGUAAACUGUCCUGUCCAUUCCCAACACCUCAGCUGGAUCUCCUUUCUGUCUUGAGCUCUAGUUAUCUUGUGUUUGAUCAUUUAGGUGUGAGAGACACGCUCGCUUGGCGGCUGGUUAUUUGCACAAAGUACUGAAGUGUCAAUAAUCUUGUCGCUAUUCUAAUUUACAACAUCAGAAAACAUGAAAUAAUCGCACACAUUUUAUCAUGGGUUCACUUUCAAAUAUGUAUAUGAAAUAGAUUAAAAAGUGAAAUACUACUGCUAAGCAGUUCCUACAAAAAUAUGAGAACACGUUUUUCAAUAUUCCCUUGGUAGAUUAAUUUCUUCAGGGAAACUUACAGAUAAGGAAGCAUUUAAUGUAAAAUGACUAAUCAUAUAGGUCAAACUGGUUCUGUUGCCAGAAAAAAAUGUUUUACGAUCAAGCACACAGACCGCUGCACCCAACGAUUAUGUGCGUCACUGUCAUUCACCCAAAAAUUUAACAUCUGUCAUGAAUUACUCACCCACAACUUGUAUACAUUUACUUGUUUGGUUGAACUUGAAAGAUAUUUGGAAGAAUGUUAGCAAUUGAGAUUUCUGGGACAUCACUGACUACCAUAGUAGAAAGAUUUUUUCUAUAUUUGUUUUGUUCUGUUGAACACAAAAGAAGAUAUUUUGAAGAAUUUAGGAAAACAAACAGUUCUGGGACACCAAUUUAAUGGUAGUCAAUGGUUGCCAGAAAUCUCAGUUGCCAACAUUCUUCUAUCUUUCUUUGUGUUUAACAGAACAACUUGAGGAUGAGUAAUUCAUGACAGCAUUCUCAUUUUUGGGUGAACUAUGCCUUUAAUGUGAAAUACAUCAUUGUUGUCAUUAUGACUGUAUACGUCCUUCUAAAGGGGGGAGCUAAGACGCGAGGAAAGGAAACGAGGAUGCACAAAUAAGGGUUUAAUAUACAAUAUAAAACAUGGCUUUAUACACAAUUUUAUCAACACUUUUGAUAUUCUGCUUUUGAAUGCUUUGGAAUGUAAGUGCUUGGUGUAACUAAAGUCUUUUGCUGAAGCUUAACUUUUUAGGUAAUAAAAACAUAACGCUUCACUAUGUGAGGUCUUUAUACACCUCUGAAGAUAUAGUUAUGUAUAUUAUAUUGCAUUCUGUCAAUAGAUCCUGCUUAAUAUUACACAUAGCACCUUUAAAGCUUAUUGAAUACGAUACUGAGAGUAUUGGUAGGCAAGCGCAGUGCAGAGGUCACUGAUAUACUCAUGAAUUAAUGUCUUCAGUUAAACAUGCCCUUACGUCUCAUGCAUGAAUUCCAGUCAUUCCUCUUUUAAGGUUACCUGCCUGUCCGCCUUUGCUAGAUGACAGCUCAACAUGUCCUUAAUAUAAUUUGAAUAGAUUGAGAAAGACCACCCACGUAUUUCCGUUUUGGGGAAAGAUUAACAUGGGUGUCACUUUCUCUCUCUUUCUGUUAAUACCUGUAAUGGUACUUCCAGUAGUGUUAUACUGGAUAUCAAUGCUUCCUGUUACUCCUCCCUUAAAAAUUGCAUCUCUCCUCCCAUGUCCUCUCAAACGGCGUUAAAUGAAAAAGCCUGAACCAGAGGACAGAAGAGCCGUUUUUUUACAGAACACAAGCAAGAAAUAGAGUCCAGCAGGAAAAUGGAUCCCAGUAAAUCAGAGAAGUCAGGCAUCACACAGCCUGUUCAACCACCAUACCCGGACCAGCCAGGACACCCCAAUUCUGCAUAUCCUCCACCGGGGAGCUAUCCCAGCCCUCCUGUCUAUCCUGGCCAACCAAUUCCCCCGGUCCAGUAUGUACAAGGGCCUUAUCCAGGACAGCCACCGAUCACUGUACAGCCGAUGGUUUAUGUGACCCCGACUCCACUGGCCAAUCCAUUGUCGGAUUAUCUGGGUUACUCCAUCUUUACCCUGCUGUGCUGUUGUUUUCCUCUGGGGAUUGCUGCUCUGAUUUACUCCAUCUUUGCUCGAAAUGCUAGGGAGUCCGGACAACAUGAAAUAGCAGAGAAAUACUCCAGAACGGCGCGCAACCUCAAUAUCGCUGCUCUUGUCAUUGGCCUCAUCUUCAUUGUGGUGUACAUCAUCCUCAUUGUGACUUUAUAUGCGCGGCGUUGGUCGCCAUGAGAUGAGAGAGCGGUGCCAUGCAUUUACUGUUGACAAAAAUUGACUGUCUUUCGUUUACUUAAUUUAAAAAUGCUUUAAAUGUUUAUUGUUUUAAACAGAGUGUAUGCUUCAGGAUAAAUGUGUGGUUAAAUCACACCCUCAGUGUGUGUCAUUUGUUGUUUUCAUUUCAAAUUGAAUUAAACUUCUACGUGACCAAAUUGUAUACAAAAUGUUUUUCCUCAGUAAAAUUCUCAUGAGCUAUAGCUGGCUUAUUUUUCUGUGUAUGGUUAUUCUCUCCCUUCCUAGAUCAUUUAUCCUAAAAUUCUUCACGUAUUGCGUUCUUUAAUGAAAAUUUGAAAAAAGCAUCAGGUACUGGUCAAGUGUUGAGAGACAAAUGUUCUGUCUGUUUAAAAGCAUUGAAUAGAGAUCACAUGUAACUGUGUUAGAGUUCUCUUUCACAAUAAAGUGAGUUUUAACCGCAUUAAUUCCAGUGUUGAAUGUGGUGUACUAAUCCUAUAUAUUUAGUAAACAUGUACAAAAGCUGUCACUGGGUUGGUACCCUUUCAAAAAGUAUACGUUUGAACCUAAAGACUGCAUAUUUGUACCUCAAAGGGACUUAUGAAUACAUAGCUGUGCCUAAACAUAUUACAUGCUUUCUUUUAAAGGGUACACAGUCCCAGUGUCAAUUUUUUCUACCUUUUUUCCAAUAGUGUGACAGAUUGCUAGUCAUUGACAGCUUCAGCUUCACUAUUAUUGUAUAUUUAAACAAAUGAAAGUGAAUUUUAUGCUCCUCCCCUGCAAGUUACAGCAUUUCUCCCGUUUGCCUUCUACCAAAGUAAACAUCACCCGACUCAAAGGUCUGUGAAGAAAAGCCUUUUUUGCAGAACACAAGCAAGGAACUAUGGAGGAUGAAAAAUGGCUAGAGAAUAAAUGAAUAAAUAAAUGUGUGUUUAAAUGCAGAAAUAAAUUAACAAAUAAAUACAUAAAUAAAUAAAUGAAUACAUUUCAUGUAUGAAUGUGUUAAUUUCAUUUAUGCAUGUAUUUAUUUAUUCAUUUAUUUAUUUAUGCAUGUAUUUUAUUAAUUCAUUUCAUUUUUUGUCCUCCAUAAGGAAUAGAGUUCAGCAGAAAAAUGGAUCGCAGUAUGUCAUCAGAGAAGUCAAGCAUUGCUCCAACAUCACUCCAGGACCAACCAGCAUGCCCAAAUGCUGGAUAUCAGAGACCCGAAAAGUUUCCUGGAUGUGUCCGGGCAACCACAAUUAGUGGAGAAAAACUCUAGAAUGGCAAUCAUCCUCAACCACACUCCUCUCGGAGGUACCUCAUGUCAUGGAGAGCUCUAUAGUUCCAAACAUUGCGCUUGAGCCCAUUCAUUUCAGUGUUUCCCAAAUACAUUCACCAAUAAGUUCAUAAAAUACAUCUUUGUCAAACUAGUAUUUUAUUAAUAGGAUGUUUUUGAAGAUUAAUAUUGUUUUCCUAAAUAAAAGUGGCUUUUGUGUGUGUGGUUGAAUGAUUUUCUAUGGAGACUGCUCAUUAAAUGAAAAUUGUAUCUCCCUGUAUUAUAUUAUAUACUUGUUUUUUUGCAUACUGAGGUUUCUGACAUACUAUUCAUGACUCAUACUGAUUCUCGCGUACUAUAUAGAAUGUUUGUAGCCGAUUUUAGAUGCAGGCCGACAGAACUAUUGAGAGCUCCAUGAACCACGUGACCACGAGGUGGCGAGAUCAAAGUGUGUCGCAAUUCUGUUUUUCAACAGCUCUGGAGUGCUGUGCUUGCUGACCUACUGACAGUGUCAACAAUUUAAAACCCUUCAGUGUGUAUGUGUAGGCCCUACUGUAAAACUUUGCUGUAGUUUUGCAGCAGGUUUGCCAGUAACUUACUGUAGAUUUAAUUUACAGUUUUGUUUAAAAUAUAAACUUACCUAUUUCUUACAUUUUCUUUCAUGGUCACUUUUCUUGUUAUGUAAAUGUGUCAUAAUUUAAGAAGUUUCAAAUAUUUUUACUAAAAAACAAGACAAAAUGCUCAGGAAGAAUGUCAUUUUUUGCAGUGUUGCUGUGCUAAUGCCAGUCUCUUAUUGUUCAUUUUGAAUCUCAAAAGUCAAAGU